CGUAAAAUGGAAAACACCGUUGAUGCUAAACGUCUCCAACUUUCAUUUCCGUUAAGGUCCGGCGUCGAAACCCAUCAAAGCUUAGAAACGUAUGGGUUAUACAAAGAUACGCCGUUAGUGUGCAUGCCCUUUUCAGGAUCUAAACCUCCGUUUUCAAAUCUCACGGUGACGGAGCCCUUUAACGGACCUGACACGUUCGAUAUCUCUUCUCUUUUCUCUCCUGACCCAAAACCCGUACCCGCAAGUCAGCGUCGGGUUAUGGAUGAUUCCAUCGCGGCCAUAGUGGGUGAAAACGUACUGUUCGGUAGUAACAACAUAAAAGUCUCCGAGCAGCACUUCGCGGCGACGGAGACCGAAGACGGCGUGAAGCGGUGGAGGAAGAUGCCGGAGAAGAACGGAGGGUUCAGAGGAGUGAGAAAACGUCCGUGGGGAAGGUGGUCCGCGGAGAUAAGAGACAGGAUAGGGCGGUGCAGACACUGGUUAGGCACGUUCGACACGGCGGAAGAGGCUGCACGUGCGUAUGACGCGGCGGCGAUGAGGCUUAGAGGGACCAAAGCCAAGACUAACUUCGUGGUUCAUCCGGUCUUUCCGGAGGAGAUUGCUGAGACUCAGUCCUCAACAACGGAGGAGGAUAGGAGGAGGAAGAAGAAGAAGAGGGUGAAUGUGAGGAAGUGUGUUAAAGUCACAUCAGUUGAACAACUGUUCAGUGAUACCACUAGGAACUUAACUUCGUCUAGUAAUGAUGGAAAUGUGAUUUGUCCUUUUAACAAUCUUAAAAAAUGGGCUUAG